UAAGUCGCAUUAAUGUAAUUUUAAUGUUUUACUUGUUUAUUAAACUUUUCUUUGGAAAGGGUUAUAUAGCGAUAAUGAAGUCUGGGGAAAUACCUGUACCAGACGAUUUGAAGAAUGGAAAGGAUAAGAUAGUCUUUGGAAAUAUUGAAGCUAUGUAUGAGUGGCACAGAGAUACAUUUUAUGGGGAGUUACAGAAAUGUGCAGCUGAACCAGCGAGAUUAGGUCCACUAUUUCGUCGUUAUGAGAGGAGGCUACACAUGUAUGUUGUCUACUGUCAAAAUAAACCAAAGUCAGAGUACAUAGUUUCAGAAUUUAUUGAUACUUAUUUUGAGGAGGUGAGACAGAAGCUAGGUCAUAAACUUCAGCUGCCUGACUUACUUAUCAAACCUGUCCAGAGAGUGAUGAAGUAUCAGCUGCUACUGAAGGAUAUACUUAAAUACACAGAAAAGGCUGGACUUCAGAAAGAAGCAGAAGACUUAAGGAAAGCCGUCCAUAUUAUGCAUGUGGUACCUAAAGCUGCUAAUGAUAUGAUGAACGUGGGACGUUUGCAAGGCUUUGAUAUAAUGAGUAAACGUAAUGGCUGUCGAUUAGAAGAAACAAAACAAAACCAUAUGAACGGUGAAGGAAUGAAAGAGAAACCAUGUUAUCCUGGGACGUUGGCUCAAAGUAAAGACAUUUCAACAGUUGACAAGAACUCCGUGUACAACCGGAGCAUAGCAUCUCUGUGGGAAGAGAACUGGUUCAUUCCUCAGGGCAUCAAAGACUUAUCUUUGAGUGUACAUGAAUAUGAUAACUUGACCGAAGGAAUAACUAUUUAUCCAGUAAAAGACCAGGCGACGAGCGAUACCGUUUAUCGACCGACUAUUCAAGGCGAUACUCGGAAGACCUUGAAGGAGUCAAGCUUUAGGAAUCGAAGAGCUGGCCACAGUGGUUUAUACGGAGAGGAUGACCAUGGGCCUGCAGGAAGUACGAAAGCACCAAAAUGUGCUCAAUAUGGGAGUUAUUAUUGUAGUUACAAAGAUGAGUACCCAGUGUAA